GAAGGACUUCACUGGGGAAAGCCUCCGGUGAAUUAAAGGAACUGAAAACGGGUCAACAGGACUCUACAAGGUUGGGCGAGUGGGCGAGGAGGACUCACCAGGUCAUGCAGAUCCGUGAAAGUCACCAUCACAGGUACUAGGGGGGAUGAUCACUGACAAAGCCAAAGAAAGAAGGACACAUUGUUUAAAAAUGGGAAGACAGAAGGGGAAGUACCUGGGUCCAGAUACUCAAAAUUCCAGUCCACUAGGUGGCAAUGGUCAUCACUGUGUCUGGGGUGGCUUGAGUUGAUGACCAAGCUGAUUGGGAAAGGGAGGGAGUCCCAACUGGAGUUCCCCGGGGGAACCGGGCCCGGUUUGCCUCCGGGCCGCGCGGGGGCGCUGUGGCCGGGGUACCGCGAAGGGAGGCUGAGGCGGGGAGGAGGCGGGAAGAGCGCAGCACUUCCGCUGGCUGGCUGACUGGCUGGCUGCUAGAGCAAGCGGCAGAGGGAGCGGAGGGAGAGCACGGCCCGGGGACUCGCAUUCCCCGGUCCCCCCUCCGCCCCACGCGGCUGGGCCAUGGACGCCAGGCAGGGGUCUCUGCUUCCCCCUGGUGAAAGCCUGUGUAUUUGGCAAUGAGCCCAAGGCCCCUGAUGAGGUUCCCCUAGCUCCCCGGACAGAGACAGCAGAAUCCACCCCCUCUUGGCAGGUCCUGAAGCUGGUCUUCUGUGCCGCGGGACUCCAGGUGUCCUAUCUGACUUGGGGUGUACUGCAGGAAAGAGUGAUGACCGGCAGCUAUGGGGCCACAGCCACAUCACCAGGGGAGCAUUUCACAGACUCACAAUUCCUGGUGCUAAUGAACCGCGUGCUGGCACUGGUUGUGGCAGGCCUCUACUGUAUCCUACGCAAGCAGCCCCGUCAUGGUGCACCCAUGUACCGGUACUCCUUUGCCAGUCUGUCAAAUGUGCUUAGCAGCUGGUGCCAGUAUGAAGCACUUAAGUUCGUCAGCUUCCCUACCCAGGUGCUGGCGAAGGCCUCCAAGGUGAUUCCUGUCAUGAUGAUGGGAAAGCUGGUGUCUCGGCGCAGCUAUGAACACUGGGAGUACCUGACUGCGGGCCUCAUCUCCAUUGGAGUUAGCAUGUUUCUUCUGUCGAGUGGACCAGAGCCCCGGAGCUCUCCAGCCACCACACUCUCUGGCUUGGUCCUACUGGCAGGCUAUAUUGCAUUUGACAGCUUCACCUCAAACUGGCAGGAUGCCCUGUUUGCCUAUAAGAUGUCGUCGGUGCAGAUGAUGUUUGGGGUCAAUUUAUUCUCCUGUCUUUUCACAGUAGGCUCACUACUGGAACAGGGGGCUCUCCUAGAGGGGGCCCGCUUCAUGGGGCGACACAGUGAAUUUGCACUCCAUGCCCUCCUCCUCUCCGUCUGCUCUGCCUUCGGUCAGCUCUUCAUCUUCUACACCAUCGGACAGUUUGGGGCCGCCGUCUUCACUAUCAUCAUGACUCUGCGGCAGGCUAUCGCCAUCCUUCUCUCCUGCCUCCUCUAUGGCCACACUGUCACUGUGGUGGGGGGACUGGGAGUAGCUGUGGUCUUUACUGCCCUCCUCCUCAGAGUCUAUGCCCGGGGCCGGAAGCAGCGGGGAAAGAAGGCAGUGCCCACUGAGCCUGCAGUGCAGAAGGUGUGAAUGAGGACCUCCAUUGCUCUCAUCUGCUGAGGCACUGGCUCAAGGGCAAAUUAUUUCUCAGUGUCUCAGCACACAGCAGAGGGUUGGAGUCCUGGAGGCAGCCUCUUUGCCUUGCCUUAAGAGCCCCACUUCACCAAGUGACAGCUGUGGGUAAUGCAGCGUUCCUCCCCGCUACCUGAGAUCUUGACUUAGCUGGUGGCCAGGCAAACCAGCAGCAGGCUCAUCCCCUUCUAACACCCACCCCUUGAGGCUGCCAGGCACCAGCUGGGAAGUAAAUUGUUUACAGGCCAUGCAGUUACCCCUAGGGGCUAGUGAGAAUGGUGCUGUGCCAGAAGGGACAAAGGACUCCCCCCAGCCCAGUUGGGGCCCCCAGUGUUCCUUGAGCAAGUUUUGGUUACUUGGAAAUGUCACCUUUUGCUCUAUUUGAUUAAACUGCAGCAGUGAUUUUUGGA